AUGGAAAAAAGAACAAUAAAUGUUCAGAACAUAAUAUACAGUAGUACAGUAUCGAGCAUUUUUGUUAGCCUCAUAUGCACCCCCCUGGAUGUAAUAAAAAAUUACAUCCAAUAUAAUAGCAACAUAAGCUUCGACAAGAAAUAUAUUUUUAAAAAAAUUAUCAAGAAGAAGAAAAACAAGUUGUUGAAGUUCAACUCUUUUUAUUAUCAAACAUUUAAAAACAUUUAUAAUAACUAUGGAAUUAGGGCUGUUUAUAGAGGCCUCCUCUCCACCGCGAACCUGUACAUAAUAAACAACACCUUAUUUUUUUAUGUGUACGAAGAGCUAAAAGAAAAGGGAAUUCCUUACUACCUGAGCGCCACGAUCUCGAGGUUUAUCUCCAUAAUAAUAACAUCACCGUUAGAAUUAUAUAGAACAAAUGUUCAGGCGAACGUUUGUAACAAUUACAAAGUAAGUAUAUUUGACAUAUUAAAGGACAAAAAAAAUAGAAAAAUAAAAAUAAAUUUAUACAAAGGGAUUACAUCAACACUUAUUCGGGAUAUCCCAUUUUCAGCUAUCUAUUGGUCACUCAACGAAUAUUUAGUUAGUUACAUAAAAAAAAUAGAUUCUGAAUAUGAAAAGAGAAAAAAAUUUGUAACAAAAUUUGUAUACCCAUUUAUAUGUGGAUGUUUAAGUAGCACAAUAACUACAUUUAUAACGCAUCCAUUAGACAUUAUAAAAACAAAUAUGCAAGCAAGAUGCAUCGAUAUCAUACAUAAGAGCGAUUUUGAUUAUAGAAAAAUUAAAAAUUAUGAUUCCCAUUCGAGAAACAGAAUCAGCAAUCUUUAUAAUAUUUGUCAAAAUAAUUUAUAUAAUAAUAAACAUAUAUAUGAUGUUAAGGUAAAUAAUCAUGCACACAAUGAUCACCGGAGUAUACAUUACAAAUAUGGUUCCAGUAAAUAUGGGUCAAAUACAUAUAAUUAUAAAUAUUAUAAUUAUUUUAAGUUAACAAAUAAUUAUAAUUAUAAUAUUUUUUCUGUCACAAAACUUAUUUUUAAAAAAAACGGGAUGCGCGGGUUCUAUAUUGGUAUUUGUCCAAGAUUGAUAAAAAUUGUGCCUACCUGUGCCAUCCUUUUUUCCACUUAUCAUUAUUUUAAUUAUUAA